GGCGGGAGGGCGUUGGAAGAUUGGUUGAUUCUGGCUCUUGGUUGGGUCUCGUGCGGGCCUUUAAACCCAAGGGGAUUGCUUGCCCGGGAAAUUUCUAUUCGUUCUCAAUCGAAGGGCAAGGAAGUGUUCGUUUUUGUUGGAGUGUAAGUGUACAACCAGUGUUCCAGUUGGAUCAGCUAAUAAGCAUCCUCGGUUUGGCCUUGGCCUAGAAUAGAUGGCAAACAAUGUCAACAACUAACAAUAUAGCACAAGCACGAAAACUGGUGGAACAGCUGAGGAUUGAAGCAGGCAUUGAGAGAAUCAAGGUAUCCAAAGCUGCUGUAGACCUUAUGAAUUACUGCGAGCAGCAUGCCCGGAGCGACCCGCUGAUUCUUGGAGUCCCAACGUCUGAGAAUCCUUUCAAGGAAAAAAAACCCUGCAUCAUCCUAUAGCUUUUCCUGCAGAUGGAUGAAGUACAACGCAUUAGAAUCCGAUUAAUGAUUACCAACAACAAGAAAUACUCAAAUCAAUGAAUACAGGUGUCUAAAUAGGGAUUGUAUUUGUUUUUUUUAAAACUACAGUUGAAUCAAUAGUUCCAAAUCUAGCAAAGAGGAAUUAGAAAUUUCAGCCAAUGGGAAUUAACUUCACCAGUUUAAGCAAGGGAGGGCUUUUAAAGGGGUAUGUUUUGUUAUUGGUGUGCUUUCUAAUUUGUUUGAAGGUUUGACUGAAUUAGCAGUUGAUAAAUUUGUUGUCCUUUUUGGGGGGGGGGGUGUGGUGGAAGAAGAGGAUCCGUCAAACUAUCCCAGCCAGAAAACCUAAUUGAAUGGAAUUGUACAGUGUGAAUGCCUUUUGGUAUAAGAAAUUUUAGAAUACUUUAAAAAUAGAAAACCUAAAUUAAAUGCCUAUGUAUUUCAAAUGUAAAAUGAGGAGGAAACUGUUUCUAUCCAUUACUAAUAUUUAACGGGGUAUUGUAAAUAAGGGCACUUUUAAUUAACUCUGCUUAUUCAGUUUAUUUUCAAUUUGGUCAAUAUUGGGUGCUUUAAUUUUGUUAGUACUUCGAUUAAUUUUGUUCAUUGAGAGGUUUUAGCGAAAUAAUAUUGCCUCAAGCAUCUGCAUCUGUUUCAAUCAAGUAUAUGUCAGAAAAUGUGUUUUAGAAAAUUGAACAUUGUUAAAUUAGUACUAUGUGUGCAACAAGGUUUCCAGAGCGUAACUUUGUGUGUGUGGUAGAUCAGAAGCGGUUUAACCCUUUGUGUUAACAUUUUGGGUUUAGGUUUUGUGGUAUAGAAUUUGUUGCAGUGUAUCCUAACCAACACUGACAACUGCUAAUUUAUAUUGAACACUGCAUAUAUUGGCAUCAGUAUCGGUUUACAAAAUUAUAUUCACAUGAUACUAUCGUGCAUUUGGCUGUUUUACAGAGGUGGAGAGAGGGAUAAUAAAUUCAUCACUGAUGGCUAAGACUGGGUGGGAGAACAAUGCAUUUUGCACCUAACUUCUUAUUUUCUACUUUCCUCUGGUGACCCUCAAAUGCUGAAAUAGUGAAAAUCAUAAAUGUAAACCUUUAAGUAUCGCUGCUGUUUCUUGCCUAUCGUUGGACAUAGAUGUUCUGCUUUUCAAUUGGCUAAGAUUUGACUGAAUUAUUGAUUGGGAGAAGUUAUUAAAUCCAUUUUUAUGGACUGUGGAGCAAGCUGUUGAAAUUUGGAAAGACACAACAACCUUCAAAAUGAAAGCAGCAGAUACAACAGAUUGUAUUUCAAAAUGGAAUUUUUAAAAAUGGGGAAGUUCUCAGAUCCCUAUUUCCAGUGCAGCUUACUUGGCUAACACAACAGUGCUUGCUUCCUGGUUAUUAUGUAAAUUCGCAGAAAACUACAGGAAUAUAAUCCCAAUACGUUUGUUGAGAGCGAGAAUGUAUGCUGGUAAAGUGAUUUAAAACCUACAAACUAGAGGAAGAGUAACUUGAUUCUGCACACAACACCAAGUGAAAUAGGAAAGUACUAGUGCCAGCUGGGAAUUUACUCUGUACUUUCCUCAUUAAUAGUCUAUAAACAUUUUUUCAAUU